AGAACACAGAGUACAUACUAAAUUUCAGUUGUUAGGAGAGUGUAUGGGUUCUUAGAGUAUCUCACACAGACAUCACCUCCAUACCUUAUCAAAAUUUUUGUUUGGAACGUUUAAGAUGUGAGCUUAUAAUGAGCAGGUCAUAAGGGCGGGAUUAUCUGGCUGAGGGAGGCUGGGCACAUUCUCGUGUUUCCUAUCUCCAUCUUCCAGAGUUUUGAGUUUCUUUGCAAUCACCAACAUUUCAAAGUAUGCCUCUAUUUGGUAAGCCAAAAAGCCCUCGUGAAUUAAUCCAAACUGUUAAUGAGAACAUAAUCAUUUUAAGUAACUGUGCCAAAACCGACAAAGAGCGGAAAAAAGCUGUUGAAGAUAUAGCAAGGGCUUUGACUGCUCUUCGGGAGCUGCUGACGGAUAAGUCAGAUACUCGAUUGACUGGCAAAGAACGUGAUUCAGAAUUAUCAAACUCUGAACGAGCACGAAUAAAUGAAAUCAUAACAGAUGUAACUCAUGAAAUCAUCAACCUCAAUCUUUUGCCACUUCUCGUAAACAACUUGGAUGCCAUCGAGUUUGAGAGUUCUAAACAUAUCGUUGAUCUUUUCGGUCAUAUUAUGAGGCGACAGGUCGGAUCUUAUAAUCCUGCAGCUCAAUAUCUUUUGGCUAACUCGCAAAUCCUAAUAUCUAUUCUCCAAGGAUACUCCAAACCUGACACUGCUAUACACUAUGGUGCAAUGCUUCGGGAUGCAUGUCGGCAUGAAUCUUUAGCCAAAGUUGUUCUUCGUUCACCAGAAUUUUAUCAGUUAUUUGAACAUGUACAAGGCACAGCAUUUGAUGUGAGCUCAGAUGCUUUUGCUACAUUGAAAGAUUUGCUUACUCGUCAUAAGGCUCUUGUAGCAGAUUUUCUAUCAGCUAACUAUGAUGUAUUUUUUGACCACUAUAUGCAUAUGAUUUUAUCAGAUAAUUACGUCACAAAAAGGCAAGCAUUAAAGUUGUUAGGAGAGCUUUUACUUGAUCGGCAUAACAUCUCAAUAAUGACCAAAUAUAUUGCAGAUCCGGAAAACCUCAAAGUCAUUAUGAAUAUGUUGAAAAGUAAAGAAAAGCAAAUUGCUUUUGAGGCGUUUCAUUGUUUUAAGGUGUUUGUUGCAAAUCCAAACAAGCCACCAGCUGUUCAUAUGAUUCUAUUUCGUAAUCAGGAAAAAUUACUAUCCUUUCUGACAGAUUUUCAAACUGAACGUACAGAUGAUGGUCAAUUCAAUGAUGAGAAACAGUAUUUGAUCAAACAGAUUAGAGAAUUAAAACCAGUGCCUAUUUCGUCUAAUCCAAAUCCCACAUAAUUUAGCUCAAUUGCACGUUCUACCUAAUAGAAAAUUUCGGUCUUGUUCUUGUCAUUAUUUAAUGUGUCAGAUUUGUAUAAAAUAUGGUCCACGCCGUACAUUCUUCAAUUAUAAUAUGUAGUCAGUACUCGAUUUUAGAUGAAUAUUCUGUCAGUAAUUGUCUUUAUGUUGCAAAGACUUAAAUAUUUUUGAGAAAACUGUAUUAUUUACCAUAAGCCAUUUUCAUGUAUUAUCUCAUAACUUUACUAAAAGAAGAGUAAUUUUUAAUGCCUCUGUUUGUUGAUAAUCUUCUUGUUGUAUACUACAUUUGUUAUACUUGUUACCAUUAUACAUUGUUAAUCCGAGUUAUGUAACCUUAUUGGCUAUAAAUAAUCUUACAACUCUUUCCUCAUACAAUUUUCUCUUUUUUGCAUACAAACUUUUUCGUUAUUUCACUCAAUCGAAUAAUUUAUUUUAGUUCAGUUAGAUUUAUGCAAAAUAUUUUUUAUCCGUAUAUCUUGAUGGGACAAAUUAGCUGUAUUUUACAACUUUUUUGUACAACACUCAAAUUGUGUAGAAUAUAGCAUUGAAUGUGUAUAUAUACUUCUUUAGACGUCCACCUGUCUUUCCAUGAUAAUUCUGUGUAGUUACGUACUGCAUAUUCAUUCAGCCUGUUGAUUUUUCCCGUUUUGUUUUCCUUCUUUCCUGCUAUAUUUUUUGCAUAUUAAAGACUGUUAGUCGCGGAAGUGUCAGAGAAAUUGGAUUUCUUUUUUCGUAGUCUAUGUAGAGUAUUUUUGUUGAACUAAUAAAUUUUUUGAUGUAAAAAUCAUUAUUUGCUUACUAUUUAACCUUUUUUUUGGUAGUAUGUAGUAAUAAUAGAGUAAUUGGAUUCUGUUCUCUUUCUCCCAAACUGUUUCUUCCUCCAAUACAUAUUUCUUUACAUUAAAGUACAUUCAAUAAUUCUGAAUUUCUAUUUUCCUACCUAUGAUUUUCUUUUUACUGUUAAUAUUUUGAUUGUAGCAAUUGUGGAUGCGUAUAAUUUUUGUUGAGAAUCCUCGCCUGGUCUUUUGUUAUUAUUACUCAUAAUUCUACUUUACUCUUGUUCACAUAUUUAGUAAUGGGAACGUAUAGAUUGAAUAAUCGGUGUUCUACUAUGUUAGCUUAUUUCUUAUUAUUAUACCCUACGUCCUCUUACAAUUUAAACCAGGCAGAUUAGUUCAUCAAUGUUAAUUUAUCUAACAGUGUGAUUAACAGUGAAUUUAAUCUUGAAAUGUC